CCCCCCACCCCGCGGCUUGCUGGCUCUCUCUUUCUCCCUCUCUGUCUCACUCUCUCUCUUUCUCUCCCUCUCCUAUCGGAGCACAAUGAAAGCCUGUGUAUCGCCUGUGUAUCGCCGUGACUCCGGGCGGGAGCCAGUGUCAGCAAGCGGCUAACAACAGACGAGAAAGAGAAAGGAAAAUACAAGCUACUUUUUUUUUUUUUCCAUCUAUAAAGCGGAGCAAUACAAGAGAUAGAACCACAUUGCUUAUUGCGAGUCCAGACCCUCAGAUCCACUGGCCGGGAUGGAAUGUACAAAAGUGGACAGAAAAGUGGCUGGACAUGACUCGGUGCAAUUUGCUGGAAGUUUGUAAGUUUGACCAUCGUUUGUAAAUUACUCUCGGAAGAGUUUGUGUCUCUUGAUACUGUAUGAGGAUAGAGCCGGGGGUGAGGAAUAGAACCGUAAGCGGGAAAGAAAAUAUGUGUCGAAGGAUCUCUCUCAGUGGCUAGCCACUUCAGAUUGCUUUCAUUUAAAGCUAGGAAACCUUAGAGGGAAUGAGGAUUUUGCCGGUGAUUGGAUUAGCAGAAGAAAAAAGCAUGGUCCCAAAGUCCAAUUACUGACAUUGUUAACGAUUGAAAAGCUGUCUCCUUUUGGGAGAAGACAACAUCCUACAGCACCCCAAGGAGGAGAUAACAUUGGAGCAAAGAGAAAGAGAGGAAAAAAAUCAAAAGCCAAAAGACCGUUGCCCUUGAUUUUUGCACAUUUUGAACAUUGACUUCAAAACGUUCUGAAACAGCACUGUUUUUGUUUUGUGUGUGUGUGUGUGUGUGUGUGUGUGUGUGUGUGUGUUUAACCUGAAAAAAAGUAAAGGCUGCCGGUUACAUACACCAUGGUAGAAAUGUAUUUCUCUGCAGAUACCUCUCCAUAAUUUUCUGAAACAACUCCUUGCGGGGAGUCCAGCUCUCUAUUAAUACCUCUCUCCAUUCCUUUUUCUGUGUGUUUCUGUCUCUUGCUUGACAAUCCCUGAAUUCUUGAACUAACCCCCAGAUUUUGUGAUUACAAAGUACCUAGUGGCUCUUGUCAGCUUCUUGAGGUGUGUGUGGGGGGGGAAUUCACCAACUCUAUCCAACUUCUCCAGAGCUGUCAAAUGCAAUUAGAGUAAGUUGAUCAGGGUUUGUUUCCAACUUAUCCUCUCCAGUUGGUCUCCAUUCUUUUCUCCCCACCCUCUUUUUACUAACUCCCCUCCCCCACACCUUCUCUACUGCUCCCCCCACCUCUGAAGACCUCUAUUCAUGUGGCCCUGAACACUGAGUUCACAUUGUCAAAAACAGAUUUGCCUGCAAUAGACAACACAGUAGCCUCUUUACACCUCAUCAUCCCAGAGGCAGCAAUCAUUGUGUCCAAUAAGAUGGGGGACACAGCGCCCCCGCAGGCCCCCGCAGGAGGGCUAGGGGGGCCUUCUGGGGCGGGGCUCCUAGGAGGGGGCUCAGUCACCCCGAGGGUGCACAGUGCUAUCGUGGAGCGCCUGCGGGCUCGGAUUGCUGUCUGCCGCCAGCACCACCUGAGCUGUGAAGGACGCUAUGAACGUGGUAGGGCCGAGAGCUCAGACCGUGAAAGGGAGAGCACCUUGCAGCUCUUGAGCCUUGUACAGCAUGGCCAGGGAGCAAGGAAGGCUGGCAAACACACCAAGGCCAAUGCCACCGCUGCCACCACUUCAGCCCCUCCACCGCCCCCUGCUGCCCCUCCUACGGCUUCCCAAGCAGCAGCAACAGCAGCCCCACCGCCCCCACCAGACUAUCACCAUCACCACCAGCAGCAUCUGUUGAACAGUAGCAAUAAUGGUGGCGGUGGUAGGAUAAAUGGAGAGCAGCAGCCACCAGCUUCAACCCCAGGGGACCAGAGGAACUCAGCCCUGAUUGCGCUUCAGGGUUCCUUGAAAAGAAAACAGGUAGUUAACCUGUCUCCUGCCAACAGCAAGAGGCCCAAUGGCUUUGUUGACAACUCUUUCCUUGAUAUCAAAAGAAUCCGUGUUGGGGAGAAUCUCUCUACUGGACAAGGUGGCCUCCAAGUAAAUAAUGGACAAAAUCAAAUUAUGCCAGGGGCCUUGCCUAUGAGUCAGGCACCCCCGAGAAAGAUUAGCACACUGCCAUCCCACAUACAUUCUCCUGGCAAUGCUUUGUUUAACAUGGGCUUAAAAGAAGUGAAGAAAGAGCCAGGAGAGACUCUGUCUUGCAGUAAGCACAUGGAUGGCCAAAUGCCCCAGGAGAAUCUUUUUAGUAAUAGGUAUGGAGAUGACCCUGGAGAGCAACUGAUGGAUCCUGAGCUGCAGGAACUUUUCAAUGAACUGACCAACAUAUCUGUGCCUCCCAUGAGUGACCUUGAAUUGGAGAACAUGAUCAAUGCCACCAUAAAGCAGGACGACCCAUUUAACAUUGACUUGGGUCAGCAGAGCCAGAGGAGCACGCCCCGACCCUCCUUGCCCAUGGAGAAGAUGGUGAUCAAAAGUGAAUACUCACCUGGCCUGACUCAAGGCCCCUCCAGCUCUCCUCAGUUAAGGCCCCCAUCAGCUGGCCCUGCAUUCUCAAUGGCCAAUUCUGCCCUCACCACUUCGUCCCCAAUUCCUACAGUCCCUCAGAGCCAGGCUCAGCCUCAGACAGUGUCAGGAGCAAAUCGGGCCCUGCCAAGCUGGCAGGAAGUAUCCCAUGCUCAGCAACUCAAACAGAUUGCGGCCAAUCGUCAACAGCAUGCCCGGAUGCAGCAGCAACAGCAGCAGCAGCAGCAGCACAGCAGCAGCAGCAGCAGCAGCCACCAUCACAGCCCACCCAACCCUUAUCAAGCCAGCCUUUGA